AUGAACUGACUGGAAACUCUGUGUGUAUCGUUGAGUGCAAGAUACUUCGGGACCGCGGAGAGCAUGCACCCUGGCUUCUGCUUUCUGCUCUCAGCGGUGUGUCUGUUUCUGGAUCCAAGUGACUGAUGACAAACAGUCCUCAAGUCUGGAGGGAGAUUCCCUUUCAGCUCACUCACCUUUCCGUUCUGGGGAAACUAGAAGAUUUGUGCUCUCUCUCUGCUUCCUAGAAUGGGCUGCAACUUGUGCACUUUUCAGAAAAGAGAGGAACACUACAAACUGCUGUACGAAGUUUCCCAGGUCAAUGGCAAGGAUCUCUCCAAGGCCACCCAUGAAGAGGCAGUGGAAGCUUUUCGAACCGCCAAGGAGCCCAUAGUGGUGCAGGUUUUAAGGCGGACUCCCCUCAGCCGACCGACAUACGGCAUGGCCCCGGAAGUCCAGCUCAUGAAUGCCAGCACGCAGACGGACAUCACUUUUGAACACAUCAUGGCCCUGGCGAAGCUUCGACCACUCACCCCUCCGGUGCCAGACACGUGUCCAUUUUUGCUUUCUGACAGCUGCCACUCCCUUCAUCCGAUGGAGCAUGGGUUUUAUGAAGACCACGCGUACGUCUCCAGCUUGCCCGCUGACGCAGACAGAGUGGAAGACUUUGAAUAUGAGGAGGUCGAGCUGUGUCGAGUUAGCAGUCAGGAGAAGCUGGGCCUGACAGUCUGCUACCGAACUGAUGAUGAGGAAGACACGGGAAUUUAUGUCAGCGAGGUUGACCCAAAUAGCAUCGCUGCCAAGGAUGGCCGGAUUCGAGAAGGGGAUCGUAUUUUACAAAUAAAUGGGGAGGACAUCCAGAACCGGGAAGAGGCCGUGGCUCUGCUCUCCAGCGAUGAGUGUAAGAGAAUUGUGCUGCUGAUCGCCAGGCCCGACGCGCAGCUGGAUGAAGGCUGGCUGGAAGAUGAAAGGAACGAAUUCUUAGAGGAGUUAAACUCCUCGGAGAUGCUGGGGGAAGAGCACAAUGAAGGAGCAGGGAGCACGGCCCAUGAGCUUCAGCAGCCAAAAAAGCAGGAGGAAGAAGAAGGCACCACAGACACGGCCACCUCUUCUUCCAACAACCAGGAAAAGGACAGUGGCGUGGGGCGCACCGACGAGAGCUUGCGAAAUGAUGAGAGCUCCGAGCAGGAGAAUGCAGUGGAGGAACCCCACAGCACCCCACUGAAGAGCAAGAGAGCGCUGGGGCAGAGCCAAGACACCCUAGGAAGCAUUGAGCUUCAGUGCAGUGAGAGCUGUGUUGGCGGGGAGUGCUUGGACUCCGACUGCGCCAGCAGCCAGGAGGUGUGUGAAGGAUUCCAGCAGCUGUUGGAGCUUAAGAUCCGAAACCACGGAGAUUAUAACCUGUACUACUCGAGCAGCAAGAUCGAAUGCAAUCAAGGGGAGCAGGACGGAGUGGAGCAUGAGCUGCAGCUACUCAACGAGGAGCUCCGAAACAUUGAGCUGGAGUGCCAGAAUAUCAUGCAGGCUCACAGGCUCCAGAAAGUGACGGACCAAUACGGAGACAUCUGGGCCUUGCAUGACGGAGGAUUCCGAAAUUACAACACCAGCCUAGACGUGCAAAGGGGGAAACUGGAUGACAUCAUAGAACAUCCAGAAAAGUCAGACAAGGACAGCUCAAGUGCGUACAAUACAGCCGAGAGUUGCAGAAGCACUCCGCUGACAGUCGACAGGUCCCCGGACAGUUCCCUUCCAAGAAUGAUCAACCUCGCCAAUAAGAAAAAUCUGAGGAGCAUGAUGCCAGCCCAUCAGUCCCCUUCCAGACAGUGCACCAGGGAAUACACAUCUACCAAAGUCAAAACCACCGAUGAAGGUUGCAGCGUUGAAAGCUUGGAGAAGAGUCUAGAAAACAGCCCGCUUGCAGAUCAGGAGCACGUUGUCAGUGAGCAUACUCCAUACCUCUCUCCUUACCACAGCUCCUCCUACAGAUACGCCAACAUCCCGGCGCAUGCCCGGCAUUAUCAAAGCUACAUGCAGUUAAUUCAACAGAAGUCUGCCGUGGAGUAUGCCCAGAGUCAGCUCAGCUUGGUCAGCAUGUGCAAGGAAUCGCAGCGGGGCUCAGAGCCCAAGAUGGAAUGGAAGGUAAAAAUUAGGAGUGAUGGGACCCGGUACAUAACCAAGAGGCCAGUGCGAGACCGACUUCUGAAGGAACGUGCCUUAAAGAUCAAGGAGGAGCGGAGUGGCAUGACCACAGAUGACGACACCAUGAGUGAGAUGAAAAUGGGGCGCUACUGGAGCAAGGAGGAGAGAAAGCAACACCUGGUCCGGGCCAAGGAGCAAAGGCGGCGCCGGGAGUUCAUGAUGCGGAGUCGGCUGGAGAGCCUCAAGGAGAGCCCGCAGAGCGGCGGCGAAGGCAAGAAAGAGCUGAGCAUCAUUGAGCUGAGCCACAAAAAGAUGAUGAAAAAAAGAAACAAGAAAAUUUUGGAUAACUGGAUGACAAUCCAAGAACUAAUGACCCAUGGGGCCAAAUCCCCAGAUGGCACUAGGGUCCACAAUGCCUUUCUAUCAGUGACCACCGUAUGACCAGACACCUGGGGACAACUGACUUAGAGAGCACGCUACCAGUUUCGGUAGAGUAUCAUUGCCUCGUUCAAUGUGGCGUUUUUAUAUAUAUUUUGUGACUUUACAGUUUAAAUUUUUUGUAAGCAAAAAUACCUGGUACUUUUUAAUUUGUUUUUCAUAAGCUGGUAUCUUCUUUGGCUAAUAUCUUUCCUUAACUUGUGAUAUAUUCAUAGCACACAUUUAUAGAAAAAAAUAAAACAAUGAAAAAAACAAAAGGAAAGAAAAAAAUGAACAAAAAUACUAAGGACCUAAUUAAUUUCCUAUCUUAAUGUAUCUAUUGUAACUUAAAAUCUGGAUUUAUUUCUCUAAUUUUCUUAUUUCCUAUUUUAAUAAUUCAAUGCCAAACGUGUCUAUGCUUACCUCCUGGCAUAGGGUAUGCUAAAUCAGAUCUGCUACUAAACUACAUGCCACAUCUUGUCUUAUACAUGAAGUAGCGCCCUCUUUAACAUUCUCCUGUACAUUUAACACAUAAACGGCAAUUGUCUUUGUCUCAGUAAAGUGUGGGUGGACAAUCUUCCCGUGAUAUGUAGUGACACUGGUCAUGUAGCUAGAUAAUUGUGGUAAUUUGUGACAAUAAAAAAAUAAAUUAUUGACUAUCCUUAUGAAAAGUUAACCAAGGACUGUUAUUUUCUUUGCCCACUGUGGUUAACAUGUUUGGUUGUGCGUGUACUAUUAGAAGACUUUUAAUUGUAAAUUAUAAAUCGUGCAGUUUUUCUAUCACCUUUUUUUUUUCAAUAAAGUGGUUUUGAAAUGCUACUUAUAGGUCAUUGUGUCACAUAUUCCUACUGGGAACAAAUUAGAUAACAAACGCAGUAUUUCAAUGAUGCGAAAAUACCCUUCAUGAGCCUCUAGCCUGACUUUAAACAGGUGAGGUUCAGGAAGAAUGGAGAAAUAUUAGUGAAGGGGACUCCUAUUGAUACAUCUUCAGCUAUUUACAUAUCCUAUUUACAAUGCACAUCCUCUGAGAGGCUUCAGCAAUGAGAACUUAUCACUCACAGCUUUGGAGACUGCUCCAACAUUCAAUUUUGGUAGGGCACAAUCCUGCAGGUUUAUUUGAUUGAGCAUCUAGAAGUACGUUUUCGAAGCCAUCCAUCUUUGCAGUAAUUUUCAGCAUAUUCAAUUAAAUGCUUUAUAUGUCUUUAUUAAAGGAGACAUUGUUAACUGACUAGGCAGAUUUUUAUUAAUCUAGCUUUUCAUUGCUUAAACAUUUUAACCAUAUCAUAUGUCAACCCUAAGACCUACAAAAUAGAAGACAUUGUUAACUAUGUACAUCUGUUAACUAUGUAUGUAUAAUUUCAUUUAACCCAACAGAUUGUUUGUCAUAAUGGACAUGCACCUAAUGGACAUGCACUAGUAUGUUGAAGCUAGUGUCAUGUGUGAAAACCUACCGUAGUAGCUAUGUGCAGAGCCUGUUGCCUCUCCAAUCAGUUCAGGCCCCAGCACUGUACUCAAGUCUCCCCAUAGCUUGCCUGGGUCACCUAUUCUGCUGGUUCUCACUGAAGUUAGUACCUGUUACUUUCCUGAGAUUUCUGAAACAAAUUUUAUAACUUAUUAGAAUGAAAACAACCGACAGAGUUUUAGGAGGAAACUGUAUUGAUGAAAACACAUUUUCUUAGUUCUUUACUAUAUACUAGUACAUAGUUUUUUCUUGGGAAUUUAUUCAUAAUUAAAUCAUAAGCGUUUUCUCCCUUCAUAGAUUUUAGUUUCAUGAAGGGGCAGUCUUGAAUCCCCCGCCUUGGAAUUCUCUGGUUCAUUUCCAUUAGAAUGAUAACGAACACUGUGUACCCUAAAUUACUUUCUGCAUCUGCAUUUUCCUCUUAGUUUCUGUUGCUUUCAUUCCAUUGCCGUAACUAAACACUCUGACCAAGAGAAUCUCAGGAGAUGAAAGGGUUUAUUUCAUCUUUCACUUCCACGUCACAGCCCAUCAGCGAAGGAAGUCUGUGCAGGAACUUGCUUGCUGUCUUGCUCUCUGGCUUACUCACUUGCGCAGCUAGCUUCCUCACACAACCCUGGACCACUUGUUCAGGGAAUUGUACCGCCCACAGUGGGCUUGGCCCUCCUACAUGAAUUAUCAUUAUUGGUCAAGACAAUGUGUCAAAGACAUGCCUACAGACCAACCAGAUAAAAAGAAUUGCUCAAUUGAGAUUGUAUCAAGUUGGCAAGUGAUGCUAACUAGGACAGUCCUACAUAUUGGUUCUUCUGCUAUGGUCCUCCCGUUCCUCCUCUUCCUCCUUCUCUUCUUCCUCUUCUUCCUCUUCUUCCCCUUCCUCCUUCUCUUCCUCUUCUUCUUCCUCUUCCUCCACCACUUCCCCUUCUUCCUCUUCCUCUUCCUCUUCCUUAUCUUCUUCCUCCUCCUCUUCCUCUUCCUCUUCUUCUCCUUCCAUGAUUGCAUCUUUCUGAAGGACAAUUACACAUAGGGAAAUAAACUCAUUUUACUUGCCUAGAGUAAAAGGCUUGAUGCAAGUUUUGAAAUAGUGAUGAUACUGAAGAAUUUCAUCGUUCUUAGUUUUAGCCAUUGUAAAUGAACUUGCUAAUCUAUUCCAUGUAUACUCCAGUGAUUCAUUCUUUCCUUUGUAGUGCUGAGAGCUUGCACAUAUUAGGGAAGCAGCCUACUAAGCCAGUGCCCAGUUCCAGAGUUCUGUCUUGUCUUAUGGCUUCCUAUGAGAACACCUGACUAUUCUGAGUUCAGUUCUUUCCAGUUCGGUUCUAACUAUGGCUGCCCCUUCUCCUCUCCUGCAUGCAUGCACCAACAUGUACAUUUUCCAGAAGAAACACCUUCACGUGUCUAAGGAUUUAAUAUUUUGCAAAUGACCCAUUUCAUUUUCCUUUUAUUAAAGUCAAGUAUGCUUAUCAGAUUUCUAAAACUCUGAUAUAUUUUCACAUCUGUGUCUAUAUAGUUCCAUGAGUUGGG